UGAUUGAAAUGUGCCUAUCAUCACCAUUGCGGAGCUCCAGAAACGUAUUCGCCCGAUGGGAAUUCAAAUGUGUAGGCUACUACAGUAACGUUACUGAUAUAUUUGAAAGUGGUUCUAGUUUUACAACGGGAACCUCAGGCACGAGAGAGACAAAUAGAGAGAGCGAGAAAGAGUGAACUUUCAAAGUUAGCCUACUCACCGAGUAUUCUACGGGGAGGACCAUUAUUGACGAGAAAAUAUAAAUAGAGAGCUGCGGCGCUGCAGGAUGGCUGAGGGCUGCAUGAGGAGCCUGCGCUACGGUAUGGUCUUCUUCAACCUCCUCUUCUGGUUGGGGGGUUGUGGAAUACUGGGCGUGGGGGUAUGGCUGUCAGUGACCCAGGGCAACUUUGCCACACUCUCCUCAUCCCUCCCAUCCCUCUCAGCAGCCAAUCUACUCAUUGCGGUCGGGACCAUCAUCAUGGUGAUUGGUUGCCUCGGCUGUGUCGGAGCUGUCAAAGAAAGUCGUCCGCUGUUGCUGAGUUUCUUCAUCCUCCUUCUUCUGAUCUUCUUCUUGGAGAUUCUGUCCAUCAUGCUCUUCUUUGUUUACCAAGACCAGAUUGAUCACUAUGCCCAGAGGGAUUUGAAGAGGGGACUCCAGCUCUUUGGCACCGAGGGCAACGUAGGCUUGACCAACGCCUGGAUGAUCGUACAAACUGAUUUCCGCUGCUGUGGCGUGACCAACCAUACAGACUGGUUUGAGGUGUACAAUGCCAGCCGCGUGCCCGAUUCCUGCUGCCUGGAGUACAGCGACAACUGUGGCCUCGUGAACCCAGGGACCUGGUGGACCGCGCCAUGUUACGAGCGAGUGAAGGACUGGAUACAACAGAAUCUGGUGGCCCUGUGGAUAUUUGCCUUGUGUACGGCACUCACACAGAUUCUGGGUUUGGUCUUCUCUAUGACGAUGUUCUGCCAAGCAGUCAAAGUGGAGACCUUCUACGCCUAGCAGUGUCCCCUCUUUGCACCAAAGGACUCUGUGAAUGAGUGAGGCACACACCUCUCUCUCUACUCUGUGACGGACCUUUCUCAACAACGACUCGCCGACCAAUCCUCAUUUAACAACCUGUACUGUAAAACAAGCACAAUGUCAUAUCGGGAGCCAAUGGAUGGUUUUUGCUUAAUUAAAUGUUAUUCACUCAUUUUGUGGUCAACAUAUAUAUGUAAUAUAUAGGAGUAAUCAUUUUUUAAAGAUCUGUUUUAAAUUAUUUUGAAUCAUUCUAUAAUCUAAGUGUUUUGAAACGAGAGGAGAGCUAAGGAAUGCAGGUCAAGAGUGCAUUUAGUAAGACAGGCCAUGUGAGUACUAAAGUGCAUGGCUCUUAUAAUGGUGUUACUAAAUGUUUGGCAAAUCCAGAUCAACUUUUCCUUGAGUUUUUUUUAAUUCCACCAUCAAGAAAUACUGUAAAUUAUAAUGCAUUGUAACAGUGAAUUCAUAAUAAUACUUAUUUAAUAAACAAGUUAAUCUGGA